AUGAUUUCUGAACCAGGUUUCGCCAUGCCUCCUGUGGACCUUCCAUCCAAGAUCAUCUUGGAUGUUAUGUUUGAGAAAGUUGGCCAUCCAUCGGCUGCCUACUCUGCACGUGUCAUUCAUCACGGCUGCCUUGAAGUCACGGUUGAUUUCCAUCCAAUUGCCAGUGAACUGGAGCGUCCUGUUAGUCAGACCUACAUUUCAACCUCCGCUUUUAUUGAUCUGGAAGAAGCACAGAAUCAUGUUGCGCAUAAAGCCAUGGAAUUCAUGGAGCAGGAACACAAUGUGGUCCCAUCUGAUUAUAACUAUGCUAAGCUUCAGUCUGCUAGGCUUAACAACGAGGCUCUGCGUCAGCGCCUGAAAGAAAGAGAUCAAAGUAUUGAAGCACUCAAAAAGGUUAAUACAUCUCUUGUGCAGCAGCUAGCCGAGAAGAGCAGCACUCUUGAGUCUACCAUGAAGAAAAACAGAGAUCUAAUGGAGAAGCUUGCUGAAAAGGAUAGUGUCAUUGAAGCCCUCAACAAGGACAAUAAAACUCUGCACAAGGAGCUUGAUGAAAAAAUGGAGAUCAUAAAAAGCCUCAGCAAAGGAUGGGACAACUCACUGGAUACUGGGUUUUCAGCGACCACCCAGCUUCAGCGUCUGAUUGAUGAGACCAUGUCCCCUGGCUCAACAGACACAGAAAUUGAGCUAAAUGCAACUCUCCUUAGUGCUCAGAAGAUCUACGAGUAUCUUGAGCAGAACACAAUCCUUGCUGUUGAGUACCUGCAAUCCAUUGGGACAUAUCCAUAUGAACCAAAGUCAGGUUGUACUGAUGAUGAGGAUAACUGCUUGGUGAACCCUGAAUCCGUGCCACCAGAACAUCAACCCUACAUGAGAAGCAUUCUGGAUGACGAGGAGAUCUUUGAUAGUGAAGGGAAUUGCUCUGCGGACUUCGACACUAUGCCCGAGGAGCACUGCUGA